ACUCGAACCCAUUCGUCCCUCGUGAGCCAAUCUACCAACAACUAGUAAAUUAAAAGCUUAAAACACUUGUAACAAUCAAAUAAGUGAUACUUGUUAGCGAGAUUGAUUCAAUUGUAGUCUGUUUUCUCUAUAUUUUCAAUUUAAGUUAAUAUGAGUAAAUUAAUAUUUACGUAUCACGCUUUGGCAUUCUUUCAUCAUGUCUGCAUGUUGAAGAUUGGUAAAUUCGAUGUUCCCUAUCAUCAAUCCGAGGACCCAAGAAUCGUCGAGAUGGAAGAAUUUGGACCAAGAUAUUUGACUAUUUGGAAUAUCUUGGUACAAACGUUAUUCCUGUUCAUGGCUAUGUGCGAGGACUGGGUUCGAUUACAUCCGAAUAAGAAACGUUUUGAAAUUAUUGCAGACCAGUUGGCCAAAGUCAAAGGAUAUUUGUACACAGUGAUAAUCUUCCCAACGACACUCGUAGUGUCGCUUUUUUUCUGGAUCCUAUUUCACAUUGAUAGGGACUUUGUGCUACCAGAAACUUUUGAACAAAUUGCGCCUUUUUGGUUGAACCACGGAAUGCACACGAACAUUCUCGUAGUUAUUGUAGCCGAGCUUUUCAUCGCCAAGAAGGGUUUACCACGACCAAAGUUUGUAAUCGCAGCAUUGGCAUCCAGUGGUUUUGCUUUGGUCUACCUAGUACAGUUCUUCGUGGCUUAUUGGCAAUUUGGCCGAUGGUUAUAUGGUAUCUUCUACCAUUUGUCAUGUGCUCAAAUGGCCGGUCUUUUUCUAUGCCAACACGCUGCCUAUCUGCUUUUCCUGCGGAUGGGUUUCUUACUCCAGGAUAAACUGCACACGAGUCAUCCACAUCUCAAGGCAAAUUAGCUCACCACAAUUCCAUCUUAUUAACUUAUUUGACACGCAUUUUAUGAUGAUUAAUAUUUAAUCC